AUGUCACGCCAGAACAACAGACAUCUCCAGUCAUGUCGUGAGCUCCAUGUCGUGGUACUGGGCGCUGCCCAAUUCGUCCACAAUGAGUGGAUCGAGAGUUACGAUCCCACCAUUGAGGACACCUACCGUACACAACUCCAGGUGGACGGACGGCAAGUCGUCUUGGAAAUCCUUGACACCGCAGGCACGGAGCAGUUCGUCGCCAUGCGUGAUUUGUACAUGAAGUCUGGCCAAGGUUUCAUUUUGGUCUUCAGCAUCACCUCGUCCUCGUCAAUGACCGAGAUCGAGAUGCUGCGCGAGGAAAUCACCCGUAUCAAGGACGACGACAACGUUCCCAUCGUCAUUGUCGGCAACAAGGCCGACCUGGAGGAGCAGCGAUCUGUACCCAGACAAAGGGCUUUCGCGUGCUCGCAGAUGUGGGAUGCACCCUACUAUGAGACAAGCGCCAGGACACGAACCAACGUCGAUGCCGUCUUCAUAGAUAUCUGUCGUCAACUUCUCAUGAAGGAUGAGAAGAUUCAGAACCAGGCCGUCCAUGAAGACGACGAGCACGAGAACGAGAAGAACCCCGGCCUUAUGAGCUUCGCCAAGCGGAAGAACCGAAGGCGGAAACGCCCUGACGGCCACCGAUGCGUUAUCCUGUGAACAAACGCUGCUCGCCCUUCUUCUGAUUGAGCUUCGUACUUCGGACCGGGCCCACCACCGGCUACGACCAUGUUCUCCCUCCAGCCCCAACACACGUGGUAUUACCCCGGCUGCGUAAAGAGUGCUCAUUUGUGGCUCGGGGCCAGCGCGGUGCCCGGCAGCAAUGCAUUCAAUCGACCCAGGCGUUUCCCCAUGCUCGCUAACCUGGCAAUGCGGGCACAAGUUUUUCAUCUGGAAUAUUCUUUUUGCAACAAGACGACUUUGUUUCCAUCGGCAAAACACAUCUCACGAUUCUCGAUAUCAGCCUCGCGGCGCUGUAGCAUUUCGACCUUGGAUGUCGAUACGGCCUUUUGUACGCUUUAUGACUUUUCGAUUCUCCGUCAACGACAGCAUGGCCCCUUUUCUUCUCAAGCAUUGAUUGCAGC